AUUAAUUUGACAUUGACAGCUUUGAAGGCCGGCUUUUGAGCAAUUGAGCAUGUGCUUGUUUAUUUAAUUUCGCAGUAAAAGGAAGUAGUUUUUUGAGAUAAAAAAUUAUCUAAUAGAUAUUUUUCCAAAUUAUUUCUAAUCUUUACUUUCUGUCUUUCUUAUUAACCGCUUUACACAGGAACGAUAUCAUGGAAGACGACAGUGUUGUUACCGCAAAACAUAGUGUACUGGAAAUUUUCUCUGAUUUAGAUGCUAGCCAACUGGAUUCAAUUGAGCAAUGGAUAUGUAGCCAUUCCUACAAGAAAGACUUAGAACAUUUCAAAGCCUUACAAAAUUCUGAGAAAAUGCUUAUCAAGAUUGGGAAUUCAAUAAAGAAAAUUGUGCCUUUUGAAGCUGAAAUGCCAUCUGAAGUUAUAACACCACCAAUGGUUGGAGAUCAAUCAGAUUGUAACAAAGUAAACACUCUUCAUGUGGAUGAGUUUUUGUAUGACGAGAUGGAAGUUAAUGACUUAGUGAAGAAAGGAAAAUUGAAAAGACGUUACUGUAGAGACUGCACAUCUCGUAAUGUUCAAGACCUGAUAUACAUCUCACACUCAAUGUCCCGACAAGCACUUAAAUAUAUUUUUAAGGUUCAACUCCCCAAAGAAUUAGAAGAUAAGCAAAUUUUGGAUGUGGGCUCUAGAUUAGGAGCAGUACUCUAUGGUGCAUAUUACUUUUCAAAUGCUGGCACCAUCAUAGGAAUAGAAAUGAAUGAAGAAUGCUGUGAUGUCCAAAAAAGGAUUAUAGAACAGCACUCCUUAGACAGCAAUAGGAUAAAAGUAGUCCAUUCUGAUGUAAUGGAAAGAAGUGAUCUUGUUGCAAACUCUGACAUUAUAAUCAUCAACAUUCUAGAGUUCUUUGUGGACCAUGAAAAGCACAAAGAAAUGUGGUACUUUUUCAAAAAACAUAUAAAGAAAGGUACCUAUUUAAUUUGCAAUAGAAGUAUGAAUGAUACCCUUGCAAAUCUAGAUAUAUUUGAAGAAUUUUUGAAUUGGUUAAGUAUAUGUAAACCAAAUCAAAUGGAGAAUGAAAUAUUUUUUGAUGUGGAGGAUUAUAGUGAAUUAUAUUUGUAUACUGUGAAUUAAAAUGAA